AUGCCGGGUCGGUGUGGUUUCGAAUCAACACCAGUGAUAAAACGCGAUCCGCGGCCGGCUUUUGCACCACGAAUACGUCUGCUGCCGCAUUCAUUAUGUGAAUCCAACAUUUCCGUGGUGUUUGUAAUCCACUCCGAUUUGAAAAACGUUGCUCAGCGUCAGUUCCAACGAAAACAACUCGAUGACGCUUGGUUAGAUCAGCUCCACGCUAAGCGCAUGUUCGUUGUGGGAAGUCCUUCAAUACUCGAAGUUGGAAGCAAAUACGAGGAAGAGGCCAAGAAGUACGACGAUCUUCUACAAGUGGAUACCAUUGAGCACUACCAUAAUAUUACUUACAAGGCCCAAGCAUGGAUUCAACUUCUAACAACGUGCCCGCAUCCUCCAAAAUUCGUGAUCAAAAUUGACGAUGACGUCAUGAUAGAUAGGAUA